AUGGCUACUACUAUUGCUACGGCACUAAACCAGUGCCUGAAGCAGUUGACAGAAUCAACCAGCUCAGGUGCACUCGCGCGAUAUGAAAAUGAAGUCUCUCAACGUCGAUGGUCAGAUGAAUUGGGUCGACUACGGAUUUGGGCUGGCAACAUUGGUGCUCAUCAAACCGGGCAGUCCUCGCUAGACCAUCGACUCCGUGAUGCUUCACAUCUGAAGAGCGAGACUGUGAAUAUUUUGCAGCGAAUGCUACGGGUGCUACAAAGCCUGACCGACGUGAUAAACGAACAAGAGGAAGAUGAGGUGCAAAUUGACGAUUCUUUCCUUGGCACCAGCGAUAUGGAAUUGGACGACGAGAACAACGAGACAGAUAUUCAAGUGUUAUACCAGAGUCUACGGAACAUUAUCAAUCUCCUGUUCCGGAUAUCCAUGGCCAUUCGUAGGCCUGCCGACCAUGACCGUCUACUGGGGGUAAAAAUCAAGAAUGCUUCGUUCUUUGAACCAUGGGCCCAACAACACGUUUCUCACAAAUUUCCGCACGCCGAUGAAAACACGACUCAACGUCUUAGCGCUGCUAUGGCAAGACAAAAAGCAGUUUUAAAAUAUUUUGAGCGGCACAAAGCAAAGCUUAGCAAAGGACUAGCUUCCACAGGGGAAACAGAGUCCAACUAUCUUUCAGAAACAGUGGCAACGGAGAUGGCACUGGCUGAUGACAUGGACCAGCUCCAGUUCCUCGAAACACACUCCACAUCGGGUGUUUCCCAAACAUCAUACGCCCCCAGCAUGUUUACCGCAAAUGAAUCGCUGUCCAUCCCUAAUGCACCAAAGGAAUCCGCGGAUAAUAACCCAUUUGAAUGUCCAUACUGUUGUCUUAUGAUCACAAUCAGGAAUACUCAAGACUGGGCCCGUCACAUCUUCCGAGACUUGAUGCCAUAUGUCUGCUUAUCACCUGAAUGCAUUACCCCAUCAAAGCUCUACGGCAGUCGUCGGCAGUGGUAUCAGCAUAUUUGCGAAGCUCAUUCCACGCCGAAGAGUCCGCAGGGUGGUUUAAAUUGUCCUCUGUGUCAUGUAAAUAUCCAACCACCACUGACAUUUGAGCGGCAUGUUGGAAAUCAUAUGGAGCAAUUAGCGCUAUUUUUUCUCCCCCGUAUCGAUCCAAAGGAAGACGCUGAAUCGGAAGCUGAAUCGGAACCUAUGGUUUCGGAACUUGCCGAAUAUAUUAGUGGUCCUGGUAGCGACUCGGACGAAGUAGAAUCCCCGAAUGAUUCUGACCAUCCUUUCACUCAUACUGCGGCUGAGGACCCUAGACCUGACAGAAGUCAUGAUGGGCAAAGUGAGUCCUUCAUAACGACCGGAGCAACCGGUCACGAGGAGCGAGUCGAGAACGACCUCUGCAAGAGUGGACUGAGUCGCAACAGUAAUUCAGAUGCAGACACAUCUGACGAAGCUCUUCGAAAUUACCGCAGUAAAAGUCGUCAGCAUGGCGAGCGUCGCGAUCGUCAUAAGCGUCGUGUGGCGCAGACUCGCAAAGUGGAUGGUUCAGAUAUUACCUCACUGCAUACCGACGAACAGCCUCUGCAAGGUUUGCAGCCUAGCCCUUCUCCAAAAGAUACAACCUAUCCAAGAUUGAGUGAGAGCGAUAAGCGUAUUUUGAAGGCUCAGCAGAGUGAUUUCUCAGAGGAUCCCAAGCCAGUUCGAGAGGGCGUUGCACCUCUCAAGCAAGGAGACCCAGCCGGCAUCCCUCCGGGAGCACGGUGGACAAAGGUUGAUCGACGGCUCGUCAAUCCUGAAGCCUUAGAGGCUGGAAAUGAACGCUUUGAAGAGAGCUCAGACUACGUGAUGAUUCUGCGAGUUCUGACCAAAGAGGAGAUUUUAGCUUACGCUACAAAAACACAAGAAAUUCGUGGUAUGUCUUUGCUAUCCUACCCAUGUUUCUGA